GCAUCAGUUAAAUUCUGGCUGGCAGUCUGCUAUCAUCGAAUUUUCGGAAGUUAUUAUUGUAAUAAAAUUAUAACAACUAUGUGUCGAAUGUUCGGAGUACUGUCAUUUGCCUACGUGGCUGUAUUUUUGUUGACAGUGGUGCAUUGUGAUGAGUUAAAUAAUUCUAAGGAUUUUCUUAAUAAAGACACAGAAGUCGGCCGUACUUUUGGUCACAAUGCGCUGAAGAGAUUGUCGUUCAUCUUCCUGCCAGUAAUGUUUACGCUUGGCGUCAUAUCAACACUUCUGAUGUCCCUGGCAGUGAUAUCCGUCAAGAAUCUUGCUAUUGGAGUUGUUCUUCUUAUAGUAGCUGUCAGUCAGGCUGUAUCAAGAUUGUUUGCUGGUGCAGUCCCAGCUCCAGCUCCUUUAGUAUUCCACCCCCGAGCUGAACUCCUGCCAGCCCCAGCACCUGCGCCCUGGCCUGUCAACGGCCCCCUCCUCUCACCUUGGGCCAGAUCAGACAACGACGCCACCAUAUCCGAUUAAUUAUUCGAAGCUCAUAAACCAGGGGUGGAAACGACAUCCCUAACGAAUCGUUUAGCAUUUAUUCGACUUCUAGCUUUGUCAUAAGGAAUGACUAGCACAAAGGUAAUAAGUCCCACCUUCGUCUGCCUGUCUCGAAUUAUAUUCGUGAAAGUUAGACGACGAUAAAUUA